AUGCCGCCGCCUCAGCUGCUGCUCGGCGGCGCCGCGCCCGCUCCGGCGCGAGCGACCCCAUCCUUGCUCCACCUCCUUCUCGACACGCGCCACCGCGUCCCCACCGCACGUGCCGCCUCCUCCGUGCUCGCCUCUCACUCCUCGCACGCGAACGACGCCCUUCUCCUUCGCCGUGCCGCCGAUGUGGCCGACCGCUCCGCGGGACUCACCUCCCCGCACCCCAACUUCGGGUGCGUCAUCGCGCGGCCCCAGCUCAAUACCGACAGCGACGAAUCCUGGGUGGUCGGCGAGGGGUUCCUCUACGCGCAGGGGACGUCCUGCGCCGAGCUCCUCGCCGCACAGGAGGCCGGUGAACACGCGCGCGGCGGCACGGCAUACCUCAACCUCGAGCCUGGGGACUGCUUUGGGGACAACACAGCCGUUGGAUCCCUCGUCCAGGCAGGAAUUACAAGAGUUGUGGUCGGUCUUAGACAUCCCUUGAAGCACUUGAGAGGGAAGGCAAUUCAAGAAUUACGAAGCGAAGGCAUUCAAGUUGAUAUUGUGGCGGAGGAUCUGCAGAGUAAACUGUUUGAGGAAGCUCUGAAGUCAUGCCUCACUGUAAAUGCUCCAUUGCUUUACAGAGCUGCCUUUCAUGUCCCUUUCUCCGUCCUGAAGUAUGCUAUGACUGCAGAUGGAAAAAUAGCAGCAAGUAGUGGACAUGCUUCUUGGAUAAGUGGCAAAGCAUCGAGGGGGCGUGUAUUUGAAUUGCGUGGCAGAAGUGACGCUGUUAUUGUUGGUGGAAAUACAGUGCGUUUUGACGAUCCUCGAUUAACUGCAAGGCAUGUUAAGGGGCAUGUUCCAGUGCGUAUAGUGAUGUCACAGUCUCUUAACCUUCCAGACAAAGCAAAUUUAUGGAAUGUUAACGAUGCCUAUACAAUUGUUGCAACUCAGAGAGCUGCUUCUGCUAUAUCUGCGAGUGUUAUCCAUAAGGUCUAUGCAUUCUGGGCUCCCAAAAUAAUUGGGGGAUUAAAUGCACCAUCGCCAGUUGGUGAACUAGGGAUGAAUCAAAUGACUCAGGCGAUAAAUUUAAUUGAUGUCUCGUACGAGCAGAUUGACAGGGACAUGCUCAUGAGUGGAUUCAUCGAACCCAUUCCUGAUCUUUCACCUGUUAUACCAUCCGUGGAAGAAAUACCUUCCGUUGAUCCAGAAGUAUCUCCAUAUGAAGCAAAUAUUAUUUCCUUUUAUAAGACAUGGGAUAUUUUUGGGGCUUUCUCAAACUUUUCUCCUCAUCCAAUUCACAUGCCUGAUGAAAAUGGAGAUUAUUUCACAUGGCCAACAGUGGAACACUAUUACCAGGCUCACAAGUUUGUUGAUGUUGACAAUCCUCAAGCAAGAGACAUUGUUCAAGAAAUAAAGCUAGCAAAGAGUCCUGAAGAGGCUGCUAGAAUAGGAAGGACCCGGCAAAAAGGGUUCCCUGAACUGGUAAGAACAGAUUGGGAGACUACAAAAAUAGAUGUGAUGUAUAGAGCUAUCAAAUGCAAGUUUUCAACUUAUCCCCAUCUGACUAAUAUGUUGCUGUCAACUGCUGGCUCUGUUCUUGUUGAGGCAUCGCCUCACGAUUUAUUUUGGGGCGGUGGGCGGGAGGGAGAAGGCCUGAAUUACCUUGGGUAG